AUGGAUACUAUGGAAAUCUCUUUCGAAGGUGGUCACUCAUCUGAACCCAUCGAUCUCAAGAAUCAAUUCAGCGUUAGUGUAGCAGAAGCGCCAGUCGAAAUUAUCGAUCUCACAAAUCGUGUCGCUAUGGAGAAGCCUUCCGUUGAUCCAAAACUCUGCACCCUAUGUAAGGAGAACAGUUACAAGUACAAUUGCAGAUAUUGUGAUGUGCGAUACUGCUCUGUAAAAUGUUCAAAUAUACACAAAGCCGACACCAACGACCACGAAGUAGAGAAAGAGAAACUUGCCUCUGCGCCUCCUCCAACCAAAGCCCCAUCACCAAUAUCCAAAGCGAAUCCCGCAGCGCGAGCAGGAACUCUAGCUGCAGCCAAAGCCAAAGGACCAUUUGAGCCUCUGGACAACUCGAAGGAGCUUGAAGAGCUAUUCAAAAAAUACCCAAAUCUACGUUCACAGCUCGAAACAGUUGAUGCUGCCACUCUCCGCCCGACAGGAUUUAAUUCACAUAAAUGGAAUCAAGAUCAGGGGUGGGAAAAUGGGAGGAAAGCUUUACAGAACGCAAGAGGCUAUUAUGGAAAAGAUGGCGAGGGCAUUCGGGAGUACUGUGGACUUGUUUUGCGGCUUCUAGGUGAUAGAGCUGAGCAGGACGAAGAGGCGGCAGCAGAAAUUUUACGAAAGGAGGCCUUGGCCGAAAGCACCAGGGUGGUUCGAGCAUUACUGGAAUCUGAGAAGAGAAGAUGA